CUUAGGCUAUUCACACAGUUGCAGGUGACAGGCACCCUAACAAAGUACUUUGUAGGAAGUAUCUGGUUCUCUAUAUCCGGAUAAGAUACAUCAAUACCAUUAACACCCAGAAGGGCAACAGGUUCUACUUGGAAGCUUGAUGCUACUUCUGAUAUUUUUAGGUCAGUGUGCAUGUUGUAGCCCACCAUUGCAUUGCAGGUAUCUGAGCCAAGAGAAAAAUAGGCACUUGUUCAAAUAAAGAAGAAGAAAAAUGAGAUCAAAUUCUACAUGCAACUUUGCUCCCACUCUAAAGAUGGAGUUGUUGCCUAAUUAUUAUUUAGGCGUAUCUCCAUUUUUUACUAGGAGACAAGCUUUGUUUGAUUCUAUCACUUGUUUAUGGAUGGGGUCUUCUCGAUUGAAUUUAGGGUUUUUUGGCUUUGUGUAUUCAAAGGUGGUUUUAUGUUAGUUUAAUUAUAUGUUUUUGAGCUGUGCCUCUUAAUAGGCUUUGAUGGCUUACAAUCAUGAUCUGAUAUAAUAACUCUUUCAUCUUUAAUAUAAAUGGAUGCAACCCCUCAGUUGCUAUCUACAUACCAAAAAUAAUAACAAUAAAUGAUAAAAAUAUGCACCUAUCAAAAAUCAUUUGGGGAGUGGAAAUGUGCUACAACUAACAUUGUAAUGAAUUUGGAGCUCCAUGAAUUGAUUUUUGAAUAAGGGGAAAGGCUGGAUAUGUUACCUAGAUGGCAUUGGCUACUAGGUAUGCUAGAUAAGCAUGCUAAGUUAGAAGUAAUGCACUUAAAAUUUUGUCAAAAAAAUUCCAAACUUUUCAGACCCUCUUCGAAUUCAAAUUACACAACAUCACAAAUUUCAGUCUUUUCAUUGUUUUGACAAAUGGUGGUAGAAAGUACUUGCUCGCAGAGAAGUGUAACACUAGAACCUCUGUCUCUGAAAAAUCCAUAUCAUACCAUUGAUUCUCAUCCAUAGAGCCUGCAAUAGGUCAGUCACAUAUACAAUUGAAUUAGAACAUUCCAUAUCAUACCAUUGAUUCUCAUCCAUAGAGCCUGCAAUAGGUCAAUCACAUAUACAAUUGAAUUAGAACAUUUUUUACGGUGAAGAAUACUAGAAGUUAAACAUAAAGAAUUUAUAUGGAAGUUAUUGUUGCUUCAAUCGUAUAAUUAUUCAAUGAUGAGAAAACCACUAAGGGUAAAAUCUUUUAAUAUUCAAAAUACCCUGGAUCAUAUGCCACUAAACAAGUUACCUGUGUGAAUAGAGACAACUUGAGCAUUAAAUGGUCUACCAUUAAGCAUCUGUCCCCACUCCCCUGGCAAGCUCAGCUCUUUCGUGGGCAUGAAUAAUCUCUUCCUAUGGACUAUAUUGUCCUGGCUUCCCAAAUAUAUAGCCAAAUCUCGCAUGACAUCGUGCUGAUAAAAGUACAGAGCCGGAGGCAUUUCCAUAAGAGAUUGUUGCUUGGCUUCUAAUAAUUCAGACACAAUAUCAACUCAAUGUUUUAGAAAAGAAAAUGAUAGCAAGAAAUUUAAUAUAUAUAACUUAUAAGAAGGAUAGAAAAAUACCCUGAGCUACUGACAAAAUUCAAGAAAUUUUUUGUUGCAAGUUCCCACAACAUCAUAAAGGCAUCUUACCUCUCCAGCUUUCAAACAUAAACCCAAAUGUCCAGCAGCACAUCAGCACAGAUUUUCUUGUUCUCUGGAAAUAAGGCCAAAUCUACGAAGCAUUCCCUCCCAAAGUCAUCGAAGAGAUCAACAUUGGUCUUCAAGAAUCUAAAAAUCCCUUCUUCAUGAUCACUAUUAUAAAGAUCAGAGCCUAACUGAGUGCGUGUCAUUGCUCCUGGUGUAAAACUCAAUGCUAGUUGGCAGAAAAAUCUAGUAGCUUUUGUUGCAUUAAGUUGUAUAUACAUUGAGCUUGUUCUGUGGCAAUCUUUAUUUGAAAGAUGCCGGAGGGAGAUAAGCCAUUAAGUAUCUAUUAUUUUUUAAAUAUUAUUUCAUGUUUCUUUCUCAUGGAUUAUACUUUUCCUCCAUUUUUAAGGGUUUUAUUUCUUUCGAUUUCUCUCUCCAUCUUUGUCAAAGAGUAUGCUUCCAGUGCCUUAAGAUGUUUCAAUUGUCCUACCCUUGAUUAUGUGUAGAGCUAGAUUUAUGCUUGGUCUUUUCUCUAUUAUCUACUUUUUAAUUUUAUUUUUUUUAUUGUUUCAUAAAUUUAUAUUCUCUUUACUGUCAUGAAUUUAUAUUCUCUUUACUGUCAUUAUUGAUUUUUGAUAGUCUUUAGAUCUGCUCUAUCUUUAAAACUUUGAUGGCUCUCUUUGUUACUUAUUCUCUGCUCCUAGGCAUGAUUAACCUUGUAGGGUUGCUGGGAAAGGAUCUCAUAAAGAUAAUAAUAAUGACAUAACUUGCACUUAUCAUGACCCUCAAAGCUAGAAUGAAGGGAACAACACCAUUAGUAGAGAGAAAGCAAAUAUAAGGAAAGCGAAUUGAACAAAUCAAGCACUUUGCAAAGAAAGGUUAUUCUACCUUGGCAAUUCUAUUAGGGCUAUUUUCUUGUUUUCUAUAUGAAAUGGCAAACCAGGCUUUUGGCAAACAAAAUACUUCCAAAGGACAAUAAGUUGCCUCGUUCUCAUAGAGAAGUAUCUUCAGUAAUGAAAGACAUUGGAAUGGAGUACAAUACAUAUGAUGCAUGUCCAAAUGACCAUAUAUUGUACUAUGGAAGGAAUGCAAAUUUGCAGCAAUGCCCAAUGUGUCACACAAAUAGAUAUCGUCAAGAUCAAGUAUCCAAGAAGGUUCCUUAUAAAGUACUACGACACAUUCCACUAAAGCCAAGGUUCGAGAGGAUGUUCAAAUGCAAGGAGUUGGCAAAAUAUAUGGAUUAUCAUUUACGUGGGAGGAGCCAAGAUGGUGUCAUGCGUAUGGCCGCAAAUAGCAAAUAUUGGAAAGAGAUUGAGGAAAAAUGGCCACAUUUAAGAAAUGAGCCAAGGAAUGCAAGAAUUUCUUUGGCAAUGGAUGGUGUAAAUCCUUUUCGAGAUCUUAGAACAACAUAUUUUGUUUGGCCAAUUUUAAUUAUUAACAACAAUCUUCCCCCUUGGAUGGAAAUGAAAAAGGAGCACGCAAUGUUAACUCUUAUCAUACCAGGUACUAGAAUAUAUGAAUGCAGUGAUUUCUUGAAUAUUAUAUUAAAAUAUGUCAAUUCAGUUAAACCCUGAUAAAAAAAUUCUUGUUUACUUAGGGAAGUAUCAGGUAAAGGAUAUGGAUGUAUACAUGGAGCUCCUCAUUGAUGAGCUUCGUGAAUUAUGGGAUGGUGUAAAUAUGCUUGAUGUAUCAAGACCUAUCAAUGAUAGAAACUUCCUCUUUCAAGCAAUGCUUAUCUAGACAAUUCAUGAUGCCCCGGGGCUCUCUAUUUGUUGUGGGCUACAAACAAAGGGGAAACAUGGUUGUCCAUCAUGUGGGCCAAAAAUGUUGUAUAGGCAGUCAAAGGAUCUCAAUAAACUAUAUAUGAUGAGUAUAGACAAUUCUUACCACAAAAUCAUCACUAUCGAAUACGUAACAAAUACAUGUUCAAUGGAAAGGAAGUGGAAAUGAGGAAGCCAAGAAGGAUGAACCCUGUUAAGUGGAAAGCAAUGUAUGACAAAAAAGAAGGGACAGGCUUUCCACCAGGAAUGAAAAGACUCUCUAUUUUCUACAAAUUGGACUAUUAUGAGAACUUGCCAAUAGCCCACCUAUUUGAUACUAUUCACAUUGGGAAAAAUGUGGCAGAGUUCUUGUGGAAACAUCUAAAUGGAAUCAACCUUGAAGCACAAAUAAAGUUACGAAAGGACCUCCAAGUUGUUAAUGUCAUGCCCAACAUGUGGUUGCAUGAAAACAACUCAUAUAAUCAUGCUCCGUGGACUUUUACAUCAAAGGAGAAAGAAAACAUCAUUGAUACAAUGAAAAGCAUAAGAUUUCCUUCUGGCUUUGGUGCAACAUUAAAAAACUUAUUCACGAGAGAUGGAUCAGAGUUCUCGGGCCUAAAAAUACAUGAUUGGCACAAUUGGAUAAAGGUAACUUUGUAGUACUUGGAAACAUAAUUAUGAAUUUGUAAAUCCUAGUGAUAAUAUCAAUUCAUGUAUAUUAUUAACAUUAUUAUUUGUUAAUGUUCAUGCAGUAUGUGUUGCCUGCAGGAAUACCAAGCACUUUUGAUUGUGAUGUUAGUUUGACUAUUUACAAAUUAUCCAAAUAUUUGAGGCAUUUUGAAUCGAUCAUUCGUACUCUUCCAUGACUUACAGUUUUGAAGUGAUCAUAAGUCUUUAUUGUAAUACAUCUCAAAACUUGUAGGUGGUUCUCAUCUAAAGAGAUACAUCUAGAUGAUUUGAAGUAUUGGAAGAGGAAUGUUUCACUUUUGAUGUGUGAUAUUCAAAUGUGCUUCCCUCCAAGCUUUUUUAAUUCUCAAGAGCACUACCUUGUACACCUGGUAGAAGAGAUUGAACAAUGUGGUCCUAUUCAUAUUCGAACAAUGUGGCUUGUGGAGAGAUAUAUGAAGGUUUUAAAACAAUUUGUUAGGCAAAAGGCUCGACUGCAAGGGUCCAUGGUUGAGGGGUACAUGGUUUUCCAAGCGAUGGUUCAUUUGAGUGAGUACUUACCUCAAUUCCAUUUUCAAGCUCCACAAUUAUGGAAUUAUAACCAACCUCAAUCAUUUGAGGGAGAAAAAUUAGAAGGUCAAGGGACUUCAAAGAGGAUAAAAGAUGCUAAGGAGUGGGAAGCAUUACAUUUGUAUGUUGCAUACAAUUCUGACUUUAUGUUGGAAUGGAUGGAGAAGUACACUGAACAAAAGAAAUUAGAGGAUGAAAAGGCAUGGGCCAAUAUAUAUAAUAUACAUGGUCAAAACACUGCUCGAGGAUUGCCUACAAGCCAUAAAAGAAAAUGGCCAGAGAGAUGCUCGUGGAGUUGGCUAAAGACCAAUAUUGAACACGAGGCAACAAAAGGGAGGAAUAGAGUGACACAACAACAACUGAAUUUCAUGAAAGGAUCUGUAAAUGGGGAGGUAAUAUAUUACAAAGGAAUGUGGAAUUUUGGUCAUCACUUUCGCAUCAAAAAGGUUGAUGAAAAGAGACAAACUUAUGAUUGUGGAGUUUCAACAUCAUUUGAGGUGGAAUGUCGUUCACAUGCAAAUGAUAGACAACCAAUCACAAGCACACUUCACUAUUAUGGAGUGCUGGAGGAUAUUAUAGAGCUUGAUUUUAUGUCUUUCAAGAAAGUUAUUUUUCAUGUUGAAUGGUACAAGCUUAUCAAAGUGGGUGAAGAAAAAACUAUCUUUAUGCACAACAAUGGAUUCCAUAUGAUUAAUACAUGUAGGUUUGAAGCCACUUCUGAACCUUAUGUGUUUCCAAAUCAAUGUGACUAUAUAUUUUUCAUUCCAAAUUUAGAACAACCUGGUUGGUCAUUUGUUCUUGAUUAUGAUCCAAGAGGACGAAGAGUAACAUAUGUUGAAGACAAUGAAGAUGCAGAAGUCCCCCUUGAUGAUGAAAAUAACAUAGAUGGAGAUGAUGAAAAUUUUAUUGUCAAUGAUGCAUAUGACCAGGAUGAAGAUCAUGAUGAGUUUAUUGAAGUGUUCGAAGGACAUGAGCAACCACAUGGGCAUCAAGUCCAUGAAGAUGAUGAAUUUAUUGAUUUUAAUUUGCUUGUAGUUGAAGGUGAUGAAGAUCAUGAAAAUGCUAGUAUUAAUUUAUUUGUAGAUUUAGGUCCCAUUAAUGAUGAGGUAUUUCUGCCAUCAAAUGACAAAAUUUCAUCUGAGGAUGACAUUGUUUGAUCACCAUGAUCACUUUAAUGAUCUCUAUGUCUUUUAUGGCUACACUAUGACCUUUAUGGUUCUUAGUCUGAUCUCUAUGAAUGCUAUCUUAUUUCAUACAACUCACUUGCAAUAUUUUUUACUAUUGAUCUCAGUAGAUAAAGAAACAAAACUAACUGGUAGUGAGGAUGUUUUAAGAAUUCAUUACUCACCUUGAGCAGUAAGUGUGUGGAAACUAGAAGAUUGCCCCGUCCAAAAGAUAGCCUACAAGACAAAAACACAAUUACAUUGUCAAUUCAUCUAACAAUAUUUGCUUUUGUUUAAAAAUCAGAAUUUCAUAGUGCAAUAAAAUCAUAAAAAUUAACAAGUGGGGUAAAAAAAAAGUCUAAAAAUUGCUCUAUCUCAAAAGCUGGAAUUAAUAAAUCAUUCACACUCUUGCCUUUCCUUUGUAGAUGAAGAAGGCUAGUAAUUGGAAGUUUGCCCUACCUUGCAUGAGUCUAGAUCGGUUCUGCUAGAGUUUGCCUCUGCUGAGAAGAGCAUUGAUUGAAAAGCUAAGUAAAAACUCUAAAAGUUAACAGAAGAGGACACUUGUAUGGCGGAAGGGGUUGUAUUGGAUGAAUCAAUAGAUGGAAGAUCAUUUUGCUUUGAUAUUUUCUAGUUGUUUAGAAAUUACUUUUUAGUUUUUGUUUGUAUAAGACAACAGCACAUCUUGCAGACAUCCUUGCAAAGUGCUGGCAUCCUUGGAAAAGAGUUCUAUCUUCUGGUUCUUAGUUCUUCAGUUCCUAUAUUUUUCAAUUCUGCUGCUAUAUUUAAAUUUUUAUUUUCCAAUUUUCUAUAUUCAUUAGCAGAUCAAAUCUUUAUAUGCUAUCUUGCUUUGAUCAAGCAUAUUUCAAUUUUAUAUAGUUAAAAACAUUAUAAAGAGUUGACUAGCAUAGUUUAACAGUAAGCUAGUUGAACAUCAAUCUCGGUUGGUUGAAUUUAAUGUGAUAUUACUAUAGAAUUCAAAAAGGAAAAAUAAACAUGCUAAAUAAGGAAAUCACAAAGAAAAAUAUUAGAACUGUAACAACAGAUUAAAUUAAUUCAUAUAUCUGCAAAUUUUGUACAGAAUCCACGAGCUCAAAAAUAUGAACACCAAAACUAGAGCUAACUUCAAAACUGGAAAGCUACUCAAAGACAUUUAUGAAUGACUCAUAAAUAUUUAUAAAAGUGUAUUACCAAAAGACAAGGCAAGACAAUUAGAAGUAGAGCAACCGUUUGUCAUCUACUGGUUGAUCUUCCAGACUUUGUUAUUUUGCAGUGUGCACUCCCAGGGAUUUCUAUAUAAAGAGAAUAGGAUGGUACACAACAAUCAAUAUACCCGAUUCUCCUAGAUCAGUUGCCAUUGGUAAGUAAUGGACCCGAAUGCAGAAAAUUGAGACAACAUGGAAGAAUAUUCUGCAACCGGUACUCUAGCAUAUCAAUUCCAUUUGUGAGGUAUCUGAACAAGUUGGACAAUCUUGAAGUGUGUGAUUCCAUGACUUGAUUUGCUUUUGAUGCCAUGUUGCAGUUAGGAUUUAUCUAUUUUGGCUGGAAAUCUUCUACUACCCUUAUUGCAUCCAACAAAUGCAGAAUGUUAAGAUGAAAGAAUAUGUAUUAAAAGCCAUAUCUAGACCAAGAUUAGCUGAAAGAUUGAGCUCAUAGGUAUCAACUCUAGUUGCUUGUAUUUGGCAUUGGUCUUUACAGGAUUGUUUGCAAUUGCUGCUGAAUCAACUGAAUAUGUUCUAUAAAAUUAGCAAAUUUGUCAACUUCCAUGUGGACUAAUAAGUUGUCGCAGUUGGCAGCGUGGAACACGUUUCAAUAAUGAAUGUCAAUGGCUAGAAACCUACACACCUUAAAAGGGCUUUUGGUUUGUAGAGUCUUGGAACUGCACAUCCCGAGAAGAUGCACAAUCAUCCUACUUACCAUUCCAUUAUGUUCACAACUUAACUCUUGAAUUAAACACACUGUCAUGUCAGUUUUGUUUCUAUGGUCUAUUUAUGUUUUUCUAUGGCCGUUUAAUGUGGAUAAGGAUAGAAGAGCACCAAAAAUCUACAUAUACAUCUCAUAGCAUUCUUCCAUGGAUUAUGACUGUGAUUAUGAUUGUCUUUUCUGUAUUUUCAAAUUUUUUAGAGUAUACAAAACUUUUUCUAGUGGCCAUGGGUGCUAUAUGCAUAUGUUCUCUAAUCAAUAUUUUCUUAUUUUUAUGUCAUUUUCUAGUU